AUGAACGCGAGGCUCCUCACAACAGUUUUGUUGGCCUCCGGACUCUUGGCCCUUUGCCAAGCCGCCAACUGUCCAUCGGAUACGCCUCCGACGAAAUGCGGUGCUGCCAUGGACGCUAUUCUGAAGGCCCUGGGAAAGCCACUUGUGUCGAAGAAGACAAUGUGGGGUUCCAAAGGCUACGACAUCGACAAAAUCGGCACCGCGCUGGCGUGUGGCGCCAAGGAGACGCUGGAGCCGCUGUAUAACUCGUCGAUCGUCCCCGCCUACAAGAAGUGGUGCAACAAGCUCGACGUGACGCAGGUUAUGAACCAGAUUUGUACGGUCAUCACCGGAGUCCUGAACAAUAACGCUAUGCUGCAGAAGUUGUUCAAUAAUAUGAAAGCCCGCUCGUAUGUCGGCUGGCUCCUCGACCUCGCCGACCCGAAACUCCCAAAGUACUGGGCGAGGUACCAAAGCUUCAGGGACAAGUCCACGGUGGCCUGUCUGACGAAGCCGAUGACGUGCAAUUGCUCGGUUGUUGUUAGCGGUAUGGCUGGCGAUAUGACGUCGGGA